AUGGCCAAAGCGGCCCGCCUCACCAUUGUCGAAGCCGAAGAGAUCGUCCCAAUCGGUACUUUUGACGCGAACGACAUCGACCUCCCCGGCAUCUUCGUCGACCGCAUCGUUCCUUCCACAGCUCCCAAGAACGUCGAGAUCAAGAAGCUCCGAAAACCCGCUGCCUCCUCAGAUGCAUCAUUCAAGAACGAGGCAGCAGAGCGUCGCGACCGAAUCGCUCGCCGAGCAGCGAAGGAACUGAAGCAAGGAUACUACGUCAACUUGGGUGUCGGAAUCCCAACGGCAGCAGCGUCUUUCGUGCCUGACGGUGUGAAGGUGUGGCUACAAUCCGAGAACGGCAUUUUGGGCAUGGGCCCCUACCCGACCGAAGAGGAGCUCGACCCAGACAUCAUCAACGCCGGUAAGGAGACAGUCACACUCCUGCCGGGCGCCUCAACAUUCGACUCUGCAGAGUCAUUCGGCAUGAUUCGUGGAGGCCACGUCGAUGUCUCUAUCCUAGGCGCUCUCCAAGUCAGUGCUUCCGGCGACCUAGCAAACUAUAUGGUACCUGGAAAGGUUUUCAAGGGCAUGGGCGGCGCCAUGGACCUCGUCAGCAACCCAGAAGCUACCAAGGUAGUGGUCGCUACUGAGCACGUCGCGAAGGACGGAUCAAGCAAGAUUGUUCAGGAAUGCAAGCUGCCGUUGACGGGAGCCAAGUGCGUCAGCACUAUCAUUACAGACAUGUGUGUAUUCGAGGUCAACCGGAAGCGUGGUACUUUGACGCUUACCGAGACUGCGCCUGGUGUGAGCGUCGAGGAUGUCAAGGCGAAGACAGAUGCUAGCUUUGAGGUUGCGCCUGAUCUUAAGACCAUGGAGUAG